UGAACGGGAUGUUGUGGUUAGCUGAUGGCUAACAUGCUCUUAACAUAUUCCGCUUAUGUUCUUUGUUUAAAACACAGUCAAGACAAAUGUCUGCGCCCUCCGCACCGGGGACGUUAAAUAUCAGGGAUUUAAAUUCACCGACCGUCUCGACAAGUAAAGCGCCAACUUCAGCGGCGUUAGUCGCACAGGCCCGCGUCAAGAAACGAGCAGUUAGCCCCGCGAACCCCACAGCCCCCCAACCAAAUAACAACAGCAAAAAAAGAAAAACACAGCCCUCAGCGUCAACAACACAAGCUCAGGUUGUUCCUGUGGAGGAAACUGCUGAAGGCAGCAAAUCAGUAGUUGAUACAGAAUCUACUACUAAGGCUCUUCCUUUUAAAAACCCCAAUUUCGUGCACUCGGCUAUUGGUGGCGCAGCAGCAGGAAAGAAGAAUCGGACAUGGAAGAAUCUGAAGCAGAUUCUGGCAGCGGAGAAAGCUCUUCCCUGGAAAGCUACUGAUCCUAACUACUGUACCAUAGAUGCACCUCCUUCUAUGAAACCUUCUAAAAAGUACUCCGACAUCUCUGGUCUGCCGGCAAACUACACUGACCCUCAGACCAAACUGUGCUUUGCAUCGACAGAGGAGUUUUCCUACAUCCGGCAAUUACCCACAGACGUAGUAACCGGAUACCUGGCUCUCCGCAAAGCAACCUGCAUUGUGCCGUGAGAGAGAAUGUCUUCCACGUGUACAGGCUCACUGACUCUUGGAUACUACAGGAUAUGAAGGAUCCACAUACUCAGAUCAGACACUAAUCCAAUUGAAUAUUGUAAAUAUUUGUGCUUAUCUUGUAGGGUGAAACUGAUUGGCGAAUUACCCCUCUUUCUAAGUUCUGGACUUUCAUUUGACUACUACUUUUCUUUGAACUAUGUUUUAAUACACACAAAAAUAUGGACUGAAUUCACCUUAUACUGCAAGCGUUAACUCCAAACCAAAUCCUUUCUAAGAACACAGUAUGUCUAAAAAAUAAAAAGAUGGUUAAAAAGACAUUUGUCUCAAAGUGCUCUGAAAGUAGCAGAUCAUUAUGGUAGAAAAAAAUGUUUAUUGUGGGUUGGUCUGUAGAGCUGGUUUGCGCAUGGGAAGUUGUUUAAAGGAAAAGUCUUGCUGGAAAAAAAAUACUAUAUAGGCCCAGUAAACUGCUGUCUGCAACUUUCGUCUUUAUAUCACCUCUAAAACUUAAUAUUAUCUCUGAAACUUAAUUCAAACCUAAAAUGAUUUUAACAUGAUUGUGAAUGACAACCAUUUAAAAAAAUUGAAAACAGAAAUGGGUUUCGUAUAGCACCAUCUGGUGGCUCGAGGAGGGACUGGGAACAAUGUUGCUUCUAUGGUUUAAGUUUCUAAAUGACUGUAUUAAUAUUGUACUUUCUGAUAUUUGGCCACCUUCAGCAAAACUCCAGUAGCCCAUAUGUAUACAAUGACAGCUUUUUUGUAUUUAACAAUCUUUAUUGUUUUUUACAUAAAUGGCUGUUUUCUUGAUCUGACCCAUUGGAAAACCACGCCUCAUGUUACAUAAGUGACUAAUUAGAAUUCUUCACACUCUAAAAUUUGACUCUACAGUCUUGUUUAGGCCCCAGCGAGGAUCGAACUCGCGACCCCUGGUUUACAAGACCAGUGCUCUAACCACUGAGCUAUGGAGCCAUACCUGUUGUGCUUUCUUCCUUUCCAUAUGAAAGGUAGUCACACCUUGUUGCACAUUUGAAGAGGCGUGUCUAAUAUUUACCUGCAGCUUCAGGAAACAUCUGACAUUCAAUUGUUUAAGGAAUGACAGGCAGAUGAAUUAUCUGUAGUGCAUGACAGCCUACUCAUUGUGCAUUACAUCAUCUGAAAUGACGUUGAAAUAGUUCAGUAAUCAGUAUAGAGGUCAUAGCUAUCCUUUAUCAGGAAUAAAGCACAGCCAUUGACUCAUUAUCAGCAUCCAGCAAUGAGAAAAAAUCCCAACUUUCAAACUACCACAAAAUCCUAAAGAUUAUCCUUAAGAACUUGUUGCUUAAGAAAUAAGGGUGGCAGAUGAAAGGGGAUGGGCCAAAAAAUAAAGAGAUAACGGCAAAUUUCCUGAUUGGUACGAAGUAAGGAACACCUCUUGAAGUUUGGUUAUAACUGUUGAUGCAAAGCACUCUAUUGUUAGAUGUCUUCUAAGCAUCUAACUUUGUUGACUCGAGCAAUAAAGUUUUGGC